AUGAUCUGUGCAUUGAGUCUCGUGCUUGGUUUGGCAGUCUUACAGGGUGGUAAUGGACUCACCGACGAUGAGAAAUCACAAAUCCUGGCUAAACAUAACGAGUUCCGUAAUGAAGUACAACCACCUGCUGCAAACAUGUUAGCUCUGCGAUGGAGCGAGAAGCUUGCAAAUGAUGCACAGUCGCGGGCUAACACAUGCACAACACCGGGAGGCAUGAGCGUCGCCAUGGUGGACAUCACAAGAAGUUUUGUUUCGAUUAUUGAUUCGUGGAAUAAUGAGAAGGAAAAUUAUGACUUCAACCUCAACAUCUGUUACAGUACCUGUGAUCAAUACACUCGGGCUGAAGGUCGUCGACCCAUGACACCCCUGUCAACCUGA